AUGCCUUCGUCUACAGGCCCCGUGAACGAGGAUACCCUCAUCACCAUCAAGAUCUCGUUCGACGAUUGCACCAAGAGACUCAAGCUGCCGCUCAAGGAUCUGAGUGCAAACACUCUUCCUAUCAAGCUCCGCCACCUUCUCUGCAUCGCACCCGAGCAACCCGUCAUCUUCGAGCGCUAUUCCGACUCCGCUGGCGGAUAUGUCGUCCUUGAUGACUCCAACCCUGCCGUCUUCAAGACUCUUAUCCGUGCUGCCAAGGCUAAGCUCAAGCUCAAGCUAAGGGCUUCCUCUCCCUCGCAGCACUCCAAGAUGGAUGCUCCUGCUUCAGAGCCAUCUAUCGCUCCCUCUUCCUCGGUCGCCCCUUCAAGAAGCGCCACUACUCUCGACCAACAUUCUAUCGGUCCCGGAAUCUUUGAGUUCCGUGAAGCACUUAGCUCCAUGAAGAAGUCCGACAUCGAGGCUCCUCUCCCUCGUCCUUUUGACUUCACUGCCAACUCAGUCGCUCAGGGUCCCAAGCAUGUCCUGCCGCUCCGUGUCGCCGCCCCAGUCGAGGUCGCCAAAGGACCAUGGACUAUCUUCUGCAAUGCUUGUGAAAAGAUUAUGCCCAAUGUCCACUAUCACUGCAGUGCCUGCGACGGCGGUGACUACGAUCUCUGCGAGACUUGUGUCAACCAGGGUGUCUCUUGUCUCGGUGAAGGCCACUGGCUCGUCAAGCGCUCUAUCCAAGAUGGUAAGCUUGUCAGCAGCACGACAGAGCGCUUCGCUCCUAAGUCUAAGACGACCACUGCACUCGCACCUACCUCUUCGCCUAAGCCCGAGACUGUCAAGGAGAUUCCUGGGGCCUUUACCGAAGACAUCCAUCCCCUGUCCGAAUCAUCCCGCACUUGCAAUGCCUGUGUUGUGACGCUUCCAGACCGCGACUUCGUCACAUGUAUUCAAUGUGAUGACUACGACCUCUGCUUGAACUGCCACACCAUCAAUACCCAUGGCCACCACCCCGGUCACCACUUCAAGCCCGCGGUCGAUGGUGCUGCUCUCUCGCUUGCCCAGGAGGCCCUUCUGCCCGCUGGCCGCAACUUCAGACACACUGCUAUCUGUGAUGGUUGUGACAAGAUGAUUCAUGGUGUGCGCUACAAGUGUUUCGACUGCCCUGACUUCGACUACUGCAGCGAGUGCCUCAAGAAUGCUCGUCACACUCAUCCUCGUCACCGCUUCGCCGCCAUUUAUGAGCAGUUCAAGGGUCGUCCUGCCUCGUCUGUCACCCACCACGGCAUCUAUUGCGAUGGCCCUCUUUGCAAGGGCAAGUCGCACCAGUCUUACAUCCAAGGUGUGCGAUACAAGUGUGUCGUCUGCCACGAUACAGACUUCUGCCAGAAUUGUGAAGCUCUGCCUUCUUCUUUCCACAACAAGACUCAUCCUCUCGUCAAGUUCAAGACUCCUGUCAACCACUUGACUAUCUCGACAGAGAGUGAGACCAAGCAUGGAGUUCGCAAGCUCGGUGAUCGUGACCCUGCUCGCAGCUCGAACACUCCUGCCAUGUUGAGCCGUGGACAGUCAGCCAAUGCUACUGCUCCAGUCAAGACUGUCGCUGAUAUCAAGCCGUCGCCUCAAGCGGAAGAGAAGGUGUUCGACGAAAAGAAGGCCGAGGAGAAGGUGGCAACAGUUUCUGAGCUAGCCGUGGCCGCUUCUUCGCCCAAGGCUCCUUUGCGCCUGCCCGAGGCUGUCUUUAUCGCUGACCGUGUUCCCGACGGUACCGUCAUUGCUCCUAAUGCUCGCUUCGUUCAAUCUUGGACCCUUCGUAACCCCGGCCCCCUCUCUUGGCCUGCCGGUUGUAGUGUCCGCUUCGUUGGUGGUGACAAUAUGCUGAACAUUGACAACACACACAUUGCAGCUGCUUCCGACAUCGCCGAAGCUAGUGAGAGCAACGUGAUUGGUCGUGAGGUCCUUCCUGGCGAGCAAGUGCCCUUCACCGUGACGAUGAAGGCACCUGCUCGUGAAGGAAAGUGCAUCAGCUAUUGGCGUCUCAAGUCUGCAGACGGCAUGCCUUUCGGUCACAAACUUUGGUGUGACAUUGAUGUCAAACAAGCUCCAUCAACUAUUGCUGAAGCUGCAUCCAUGCCUCGUUCUCCCAUUACCGUUCAGCCUUCGCCCCAGGCACAGAGCUAUUAUGCUCUGUAUAAGGAGCGCAUGAACGCCUUGAAGACACACCUUGACCAGACCAACGCAAUGCCUGCUGCCGCUGUUACAUCAGACACAGUCUCGCAGGAGGCACAGCAACCCGCUAAACCUGUCGCGCCUGAAUCUUCCAAGACUCCUGCCGAAGCAGAGGUUGAGGUGCCCGAGUCAGAGCAUGAAGAAGAGUUGAAGGGCAGCCACAUGGUGUUCCCCACUUUGGACAAGGAGAGCCCUACGAGCUCAACCUACCAGUCCUUCAGCGGCUCGGGUAUGAGCAAGAAGGCACACGAGCAGACCGAGCAGGCCUCUCAAAGCUCCGAAGUUGCCGAUAGUGUCGCUAGCGACGACGAGGGCUUCGAAGACAUUAGUGAUGACCUCGAAGUUCUCAGCGCCAACGAAAACGAGGAUGAGUCUGAGGACGAUGGCUUCCUCACUGAUGAUGAUUACGACAUUCUUGACGCCAGCGACCAAGAGACUGUUGCAUCGAUGAAGUAG